CGUUCACAGGCGACUACAUGUGACUAAUUUCUUACCGUUACCUUGGAGACGCGUCCAGGGCAACAGUCCGUGGUGUAUAUGGUACAUGUUUUAUGUGGUGACUGAGUGUGAUAUACGGAGGGAGGUCUGGUGUGUAAAUCAUGGCUGACACAGACAUUAUCCAUGUGUCGUCUGACCUUCACCCUGGGCACACUUUGGAACAAUUGAAAUUGAAAGACUCAGAUGACCUUCCAGAAGACAGCAAAUAUGAGAAGCCAAAAUUCACAGAAGAUGCAGAACAUGACCCGUCCUUCGCUUCUACCACUGUCCAGGAACAUUUAGAUUUGAAACCAAAUUUAAAGCAGAAGAUUGUCCUGAGUCGGGUGACCCCUGAGAUGUGGACGGCCGAGCUUGAUGCCGCCUUGGACCGAUUUGCAUCAGAUGUCACCCAGGAGACGCUGUCUGUGUAUUUUGACCCUCACACCGGUCUUCAUGUAGAGCCCAAUAUGCCGGCUCAGAACAUGGAGCAGUCAGUUUACUUCAUCAGAAAUCAACGAGUCCCUUUAACCCCAGAGAGCCUGGAGGAGAACCUGCAGUUUGGAUCUUUGCGGGGACCGUACCUUGUAACGCUGCUCAGACUCAUGAACGGCAUUUAUGCCCCCUACAUCUUCAGUGAUACCAGCUGGCCCGAGAGUAUCCGCAAUGACUUCUUGGCUCACGUCCACCGGUUCUUGGCAGCUCUAACAGAUACUAGGUAUAAGCUGCAGGGACACACCGUCCUUUACAUCCCCAUUGAAGCCAUGCACUUAAAGGCAGAGGAGGCCGUGAAUGACAAGGAGCUGGUUCAGAGGCUAGAGACCGCCAUGGUGCACUGGACCCGUCAGAUCAAGGAGGUUCUGAGCGCACAGGAAGCGGUGGAGAUCGGAGAGAACUCGGGACCUCUGGAGGAGAUAGAGUUCUGGAGGGACAGAUGUGCCGACCUGUCGGGUAUAGGCACGCAGCUGGACCAGCCGGGGGUCAAACACAUUGAGCUCAUCCUUCAGUUGGCAAAGUCAUCGUAUAUAGGACCCUUUCAGAAGCUGUCCAAGCAGAUCCAGGAGGGCUCCGUCCAGGCUCAGUCCAACCUAAGCUUCCUAUCUCUUCUAAAACAACCAUUCGAAGAAAUGAUGUCGCUGAAGAUUAAGGAGAUUCCUGACAAGCUUCCUCAUCUCCUCAACCUUGUCCGCAUCAUCUGGGUCAACUCGCCCUACUACAACACCCGAGAACGUCUUACAUCUCUUUUUCGCAAGAUAAGUAAUGAAUUCAUCCGACUGUGCAGCCGAGAAAUCACUUUAGAUCGGAUCUUUGAUGGAUACAUCACAUCCAGUCGCCAGGUGAUACAAGACUGUAUACAGUGCUGCACGGCGUGGAAGGAGCAGUAUAUGAGGGCAGCACAGAUCCACCACAGGUUUUCCAAUGUUGGAUGGGUUUUGGACCAAACAAGCAUAUUUGCUCAAGUGGAUGCCUUUGUACAACGCUGCAAAGACCUCUUGGAGGUGUGUCUAUGUCAGCAGCAGUUUGGACGCUGGGAGGAUGGAAAACAAACCCCCCUUCCUUGCUUUCCUGGGCAAUGCGGUCCCCAAAUCACACGCAACUUGCUGGAGAUUGAAGAAACGUUUCAUAAGAACUUAGCCGUUUUGAAGUCAGUGAAGAAGACCAUAUUAGAUGUGAAGAACACCUCUUGGCAUGAUGACUACAACAGGUUCAGAGCUGCUGUGAAGGACUUGGAGGUAAUGAUGCAGAAUCUCAUUACAACAGCCUUUGAGACAGUAUGUGGAGUGGAGCCGGGUGUGGAACUGCUGGACAUUUUUCACCAUUUGUCGGCACGAGAGGCCAUAAAGCGUACAUUUGAUAAGAAGACGGUGCAAGUCUAUGAGAUGUUCAAGAAUGAGAUUGAUCUGGUGAACAAGGAGCUUGGGAAGAAGGACCCCACAGUAGCCCCCCACAUGUGCCGCUACGCUGGCCAGGCUCACUGGGCACGGGCCUUAAAGAGGCGAAUUGACAGGUCUAUGGAGAGCCUGUCUAAUGCCCACUUCAUGCCCCGCACUGGAGUGGGAGAGGAGAGCAUUCAGGAGUACCAGCAGCUGGCACAGAAGCUCGAUGAGCUGGUGAGGAAAAUCUUCGCUGAAUGGUCUCAGUCGGCCGAUAAACAGGCGGCGAAGCGACUAGAUAUCCCGCUCAUGGUUCGCAGUCAGGAGAAGAUCGGCAUGUUGGAUGUCAACUUUGAUAAGAACCUGCUGAAAAUGUUUGUGGAGAUUCAUUACUGGGAGCGUCUUUCAUUUGAGGUACCGCACUACGUGGUGGACAUUUAUCAGAGGAAGGAGGACCUGAGGAACCUACGUGAGAAUGUCCUGCUGGUGGUGCGGGCAUAUAACAGGAUUAUAGCAGCUCUCUCCCCGGAGGAACGUGGACUGUUCAGAGAAAGAAUCCGCUUCUUGGAUAAAAAGAUCCAACCUGGGCUUACCAAGUUACAUUGGUCAUCCAAAGGAGCAUCAAACGCCUUCAUCAAUGACUGUCUGCUGCAUGCGAGCAAGAUACAACAAAUAGUGGACAAUUACAAAGCCUCCAACCUGAACAUUUCGCGCUGCGCCCAGAUGAUAAGUGAGACGCUGCUGCUUCACAUCGAUGGGAAACAAGUUUUCCGAGACUUGGAGUUUCAGGAGGUGCAGGAGGAGCACCGGAGGAUUGUCCAAGGUCGUCUCCAGAACCUCCAUGAUGACAUCUGCAGCCUUAUGAGGACCACCUAUGAGGUCUUCAGAUCAGAUGGCCCUGAGGUCCAACAACACUGGGUGAACUACACGGAGAAGAUGGAUCGUCUGAUUGAAGAGGCCUUCCGACUGAACAUCAAGUGGUCUCUUCAGGAACUGUCCAAGGCCAUUAACGGGGACAUGAAAACAACUCAGAUGCCCCUCUUCAGAGUCAUGGUCAUACUACAGAAUGACGUCCCGGGGUCCACAGCAGAGGUGGAGUUCUCUCCCACCCUCUUGCAGCUGGCUAACAUAGUCAAUAGCGUCAGCUCCGACAUCUUCACCACCGUGUCCAAGUUCAGGAGGCUCCCGGACAUGCUGACGAAGAAGAAAUCUCAGCGGGACGCCAUCCACGCCAUCCUAGAACGAGAUGAAGAAAUCAAGAAGAUCCAGGCUCAGAUCAGCGCAGGAAUGGCGGCCAACGCUUCUCUCCUCCAAACCUACUUGAAAACCUGGGAUUCCUUCCGAAUGAUCUGGGAGCCCCAAAAAGACACACUGAUCCGCCGAUACCAGAGACUUAACCCCAUGGUGUCUGCGUUUGAUGCUGACAUUGCACGAUACACCGAGCUCGCCAACAACGUCCAGAAGCAGGAGACUGUGCAGAACAUCCAGUUCGUCAUGCUGGACUGUAGUCAGCUGAAGUUCGCCUUGGUCCAACACUGCAACGAGUGGCAGAACAAGUUCACCGGUCUGCUGAGGCAUAUGGCUACCGAGAAGCUAAUGGAGCUUCAUGCCUACCUGAGCAAUAACGCUGAAAGUGUGGUGAAGCCUCCCCAGACUCUAGAGGAACUAUCCCAAAGUCUUACCCUGUACGAGACCCUUCAGAGUGACCUCUCCAAGACAGAAAGUCAGAUCAUGCCGAUUCAUGACCAGUUUGAAAUCCUUAAGAAGUAUGAGGUGGUUGUGGAUGAAUCUGUCCUCCAGAUGUUGGACUCCCUGAACAAGGGUUGGCUGUCCUUCCAGCAGAGCCUCAUAGAUGGCGAGGCCAUGCUGAAAAAGUCCAAAGAGAAAUUCAAAACGGGCCUCAUCCAUACCACCGAGGAGUUCAAGAAGAAGUCCCGAUCCCUUGUGGAGGACUUUGCCGACAGAGGUCCAUUCUCCAGUUCAGUGGGGUGCGAGCCAGCCCUGGAGCAGAUCACCAUGUUCCGGACUAUGAUGGACACCCUGAAGGAGGAGGAGAACACCAUCCGCUCUGGUCUGAGCAUGUUCAAAAUAGAGCAACCAAGCUCCAAGGAUCUCCAGGCUCUGGAGAAGGACCUGGAUUCUCUGCAGCUGGUGUGGGAAGCCACCAAAGAGUGGGAACAGAACUGGGGCGAGUGGAAGUGUGGCCGCUUUCUCACCCUGCAGACAGAGUUUAUGGAGAACACAGCACAAGGGCUGUACAGGAGGCUCAGCAAACUCAGCCGGGAACUGAAGGAUAAGAGCUGGGAGGUGGUGGAGACUGCCAGGAUCCGCAUCGACCAGUUCAAGAGAACUCUGCCCCUUAUUGUGGACCUGAGGAACCCAGCCCUGCGGGAGAGGCACUGGACACAAGUGAAGCAGGAGAUCCAGAGACCGUUCGACCAGGAGGACGAUGACUUCACACUGGAGAAAAUCGUGGAGCUGGGGAUGGACCAGUAUGGGGAGAAGAUCAGUGAAAUCUCCACCGCAGCCACCAAAGAGCUGUUCAUAGAGGAGGCUCUGGAGAACAUCACAAGAACCUGGGAGGAGACCCUGCUUGACAUUGUGCCCUACAAAGACAAGGGUCACCACCGGCUGAGGGGGACAGACGAGGUAUUCCAGGCAUUAGAAGACAACCAGGUCAGCUUAUCCACCAUGAAGGCGUCUCCGUUUGUGAAAGCUUUCGAGCACGACGUGGACAGGUGGGAGCGCUGUCUGUCUCAUAUCCUGGAGGUGAUCGAGACCAUCCUUACUGUGCAGAGGCAGUGGCUGUAUCUGGAGAACAUCUUUAUGGGUGAAGACAUCAGGAAGCAGCUGCCUCAGGAGUCAGCAGAGUUUGAUGAGGUUAAUAUCAGCUGGAAGACCAUCAUGGACCGACUGAACAAGGACAACAACGCCCUGCGAGGCACCCAUCACCCAGGCCUCCUAGAGAAGCUGGGGGAGAUGAGCCAGGUACUGGAGGGGAUUCAGAAGUCACUGGACAUGUACCUGGAGACCAAGCGCCACAUCUUUCCCCGCUUCUACUUCUUGUCUAAUGAUGACCUGCUGGAGAUCCUCGGCCAGUCCCGUAAUCCUGAGGCCGUCCAGCCACAUCUCAAGAAAUGCUUUGAUAACAUUAAGUCCAUCAAGAUCCAGAAGGUCGGGGUGAGCAGUAAAUCGGAGGCUGGAGGGAUGUUCUCUGCAGAGGGAGAGUAUGUGGAGUUUACCCAUCCUGUUCUAUUAGAGGGUCCCGUGGAGGCCUGGCUGUGUGACAUUGAAAGGACUAUGCGCUGGACCUUAAAGGACCUUCUCAGGAACUGCCGACUCGCACUGAAGAAAAUGUCCAGCAAGCGGGACAAGUGGGUGAAGGAGUGGGCAGGACAGGUCCUGAUCACCUCCAGUCAGAUCCAAUGGACCACAGAUGUAACCAAGUCCCUGGUGAUGGCCAAGGAGCGUUCAGACAAGAAGUAUCUCAAAGUCAUGAAGAAGAAGCAGAUCUCUAUGCUGAACAAAUACUCUGAUGCCAUUCGGGGAAACCUGACCAAGACUCUGCGUCUGAAGCUGGUGGCCCUAAUAACAGUGGAGGUCCACGCCAGAGACGUCAUUGAUAAGAUGCUGAAGAGCGGCUGUAUGGACAUCUCCUCCUUCGAGUGGUUGAGUCAGCUGCGUUUCUACUGGGAUAAGGACAUUGAUGACUGUCUCAUUAGACAGACUAACACUCACUUCCAGUAUGGAUAUGAAUAUCUGGGAAAUUCCGGUCGCCUGGUGAUAACUCCCCUCACUGACAGAUGCUACAUGACUCUCACCACCGCCCUGCACCUUCACCGAGGAGGAUCUCCCAAGGGCCCAGCUGGUACGGGGAAGACCGAGACAGUAAAGGAUUUGGGGAAGGCGCUGGGGAUGUAUGUGAUUGUGGUGAACUGCUCUGAAGGCCUGGACUAUAAAUCCAUGGGAAGGAUGUACUCUGGCCUGGCUCAGACUGGCGCUUGGGGCUGCUUUGAUGAGUUUAACCGCAUCAACAUAGAAGUCCUGUCGGUGGUUGCCCAGCAGAUCCUCUCCAUCCUCUCCGCUCUGUCCUCCAACCUUACCCGAUUUGUGUUUGAGGGAAGAGAGAUCAACUUAGUUUGGUCUUGUGGCAUCUUCAUCACCAUGAACCCAGGCUACGCUGGCCGCACCGAGCUCCCCGACAACCUCAAGUCCAUGUUCAGACCCAUUUCCAUGGUGGUUCCAGACUCCACACUGAUAGCAGAGAUUAUCCUGUUUGGAGAGGGGUUCAGUAACUGCAAGGUCCUGGCUAAGAAGGUCUACACUCUGUACUCUCUGGCGGUGCAGCAGCUUUCCAAGCAGGACCACUAUGACUUUGGGCUGAGAGCUCUGACAUCAUUGCUGCGGUACGCUGGACGGAAGCGAAGAGUUAGGCCAGACCUGUCUGACGAGGAGAUUCUGCUGAUGUCCAUGAAGGAUAUGAAUAUUGCCAAGCUGACCUCUGUUGACCUUCCUCUGUUCAAUGGGAUCAUGCAGGAUUUGUUUCCUGGUAUCGACACGCCACCUGUGGACUAUGGAAAGCUGCGGGAACAGAUUGAACAAGAACUUCGUCUCUCCGGCCUGCAAGUUACGCCUUUCGCGGUCACUAAAGUCAUCCAGCUGUACGAAACCAAGACCUCGCGUCACUCCUGCAUGAUUGUAGGGAGGACAUGCAGUGGAAAGACCACCACGUGGCGCUGCCUACAGGGGGCCUUAUCUGCACUUUACCGCAGCGGGGACACUAGCUACAACCUUGUUCGGGAUUUCCCCCUGAACCCUAAGGCAGUGUCUCUAGGGGAACUGUAUGGAGAAUACGACUUGGCGACCAAUGAGUGGACGGACGGCAUCCUCUCCAGCCUCAUGAGGACGGCAUGUGCAGAUGAAAAGCCAGAUGAGAAGUGGAUCGUGUUUGAUGGCCCUGUGGACACUCUGUGGAUCGAGAGCAUGAAUUCUGUGAUGGACGACAACAAGGUCCUGACUCUCAUUAAUGGGGAGAGGAUAGCCAUGCCUGAGCAGGUGUCGUUGUUGUUUGAAGUCGCUGAUCUUGCAGUUGCGUCUCCAGCUACAGUAUCACGAUGUGGUAUGGUCUACACGGACUACACCAGCCUCGGGUGGAAGCCGUAUGUCCAGUCCUGGCUGGGGAAGAGAGGAAAGGCAGAAGCGGAGUCACUGCAGCGGAUGUUUGACAAGUAUAUUGAGCGCAUUGUAGACUACAAAAGACUAAACUGCAAGGACCUCGUCCCUCAGGAAGAAACCAGCGGGGUCAUCUCUCUCUGCAAACUCUAUGACUCCAUUGCUACACCUGAAAAUGGGGUGAAUCCCGCCGACCCAGACAACUUCAGCCGAAUGGUGGAGCUCUGGUUCUUAUUCUGCAUGAUCUGGUCAGUCUGCGCUUCUGUGGAUGAAGAUGGAAGGAGGAAGAUCGACAACUAUCUGAGAGAGCUGGAAGGAAGUUUCCCUAACAAGGACACCGUGUAUGAAUAUUUUGUGGAUCCUAAAAGCAAGAACUGGCUGAAUUUUGAGGACCGGCUGCCCAAGGGUUGGAGAAUCCCAGCCAAUGCCCCAUUCUACAAGAUCAUGGUGCCAACAGUGGACACUGUACGUUACCAGUUCAUAGUAAAUGCUCUGGUCUCAAACCAAUGCCCGGUCCUGCUCGUCGGGCCGGUGGGUACAGGGAAGACCUCCAUCGCUCAAAGUGUCCUGCAGUCCUUAGAUGCCAACAAGUGGGCACUACUGACAGUGAACAUGUCAGCCCAGACCACAUCAAGUAACGUACAAAAUAUAAUCGAGAGUCGAGUGGAGAAGAGAACAAAGGGCGUCUACGUCCCUGCCGGGGGCAAGCAGCUCCUGACCUUCAUGGAUGAUCUCAAUAUGCCCGCUAAGGACUCAUUCGGGUCACAGCCGCCUCUCGAGCUUCUCCGGCUUUGGAUCGAUUAUGGUUUCUGGUACGAUCGUCAGAAUCAGAGCAUCAAAUAUGUGAAGGACAUGCUCCUAAUGGCCGCUAUGGGUCCUCCUGGUGGAGGUCGUACAGCUAUUUCUGGUCGCCUCCAGAGCAGAUUUAACCUGAUUAACAUGACCUUUCCUUCAGAAUCUCAGAUAAAACGCAUCUUUGGAACAAUGAUGAGCCAAAAGCUGCAAGAUUUUGAUGAGGAAGUAAAGCCGGUGGGAGAUGUCAUCACACAAGCGACUAUUGAAUUAUAUAAUGCAGUUACCCAAAGAUUUCUUCCCACCCCGGCCAAGAUACACUACCUGUUCAACCUCCGAGACAUCUCUAAGGUUUUCCAAGGAAUGCUCCGAGCCCACCGCGACCUCCAUGACACCAAGCAGAGCAUCACCAAACUCUGGCUCCAUGAGUGCUUCAGAGUCUUUUCGGAUCGACUAGUGGACACCUUAGAUACUGAAGCGUUUCUAGGGAUCGCGAGUGAAAAGUUGGGCUCUCUGUUUGACCUCACUUACCACAACCUGUGCCCCAGCAAACAGCCACCUGUGUUUGGUGAUUUUAUGCGGGAGCCUCCGGUGUACGAGGACAUCACAGACUUCAAUGUCCUAAAGACGUUUAUGAUGAAUCAGCUACAGGAGCAGAGUCAGCAGCCCGGAGCCACCGCCAAGAAGCUGGUCCUGUUUACAGAUGCCAUUCAGCACGUGACCCGCAUUGUACGUGUCAUUGGCCAGCCACGGGGAAAUAUGUUACUGAUCGGCAUUGGGGGCAGUGGACGGCAAAGUCUGGCUCGUCUAGCAGCCUACAUUUGUGAAUACAAGGUUUUCCAGCUAGAGGUGACCCGAGGCUACCGUAAGCAGGAGUUCAGAGAAGACCUUAAAAAACUGUACCGCCUGGCGGGUGUAGACGGUCGACCCACCGUCUUCCUCCUCACGGACACACAGAUCACUGAUGAAUCGUUCCUGGAGGACGUGAACAACGUGCUGAGUUCUGGGGAGGUCCCUAACCUCUACAAAGCGGAUGAGUUUGAAGAGAUCAAGACCAUCUUACAAGAAAAAGCCAAGGCAGAAAAUAUUCCAGACAAUCCAGAGAGUCUCUUCAAUUUCCUGAUCGAGAGAGUGCGCAACAACCUGCAUAUCGUCCUGUGUAUGAGCCCCGUGGGUGACCCCUUUAGGAAUCGCAUCCGUCAGUACCCGGCUCUUGUUAACUGCACGACCAUUGACUGGUUCUCUGAGUGGCCACUAGAGGCACUGCUUGAGGUGGCGGAGAGAUAUUUGGAAGGAGUGGAAUUAGGGAGCAUGGAAGGGGUUAAUGGGAAGGUGGCACGAAUCUUUGUCACAAUGCAUCGCUCAGUAGGGGAUUAUUCUCGCAAGAUGAAGCUAGAACUGAAAAGACAAAAUUAUAUCACUCCGACCAGCUACCUGGAGGUAGUCUCCCGAUACAAGAGUCUCCUGAACGAAAAGCGCACAGAGUUGGGUGAAAAAGCCUCCAAGUUGAGAAAUGGGCUUUUUAAGAUCGACGAGACCCGGGAGAAGGUAGAGAAGAUGUCCGAGCAGCUUGCGAUUGCCAGAAGCAAAGUGGCCGAGUUUCAGAAACAGUGUGAGGAGUAUUUGGUCAUCAUUGUCCAGCAGAGGAGAGAGGCUGACGAGCAGCAGAAGACUGUCACUGCUCAUAGUGAGAAGAUUGCAGCAGAGGAGAUAAAGUGUAAAGCUUUGGCAGACAAUGCCCAGAAGGACCUAGAGGAGGCUCUUCCUGCACUGGAGGAAGCCAUGAGGGCACUGGAAACUUUGAACAAGAAAGAUUUGACGGAGAUCAAAGCCUAUGGCCGUCCUCCAGCUUUGGUGGAGACUGUAAUGCAAGCUGUCAUGAUCCUGCGAGGCAAUGAACCUACAUGGGCAGAGGCGAAGAGGCAGCUGGGAGAACAAAACUUUAUCAAAACACUCAUUAACUUUGACAAGGACAACAUCUCCGAGCGGGUUUUGAAGAAGAUCGGACAAUACUGUGUCCUGCCAGAUUUCCAUCCGGACAUUGUUGGCCGAGUAUCUCUAGCUGCCAAGUCUCUAUGCAUGUGGGUGCGAGCGAUGGAGAUGUAUGGACGGAUUUUCCGUGUGGUGGAGCCAAAGCGUGCACGCAUGAAUGCUGCAUUGUCUCAACUGGCAGAGAAACAGGCAUCACUGGCCGAAGCCCAGAAUAAAUUGAGAGAGGUUGGAGAACGUCUUGAGCAGCUGAAGAUGCAGUACGACGAGAAACUGGCUCAGAAGGAGCAGCUCCGAGCAGAGGCUGAACUCAUGGAGGUGAAGCUGCAGAGAGCAGGGACCCUGGUGACAGGACUGGCAGGAGAGAAGACUCGCUGGGAGCAGACCGUCACGGGCCUGGAACAAGACCUAGGCUUCCUAGUCGGUGACUGUCUCCUGGCCUCGGCCUUCUUGUCAUACAUGGGUCCUUUUCUGUCCAGCUACCGGGAGGAAAUACUUUCCAUUUGGAGUAAAGAGGUACGAGAGAUGUUGGUUCCAUGCUCCCCGAACUUUUCCUUGACCUCCUUCCUAUCCAGCCCUACCAUGGUGCGAGAGUGGAACCUGCAGGGACUGCCCUCCGACAGCUUCUCCAGUGACAACGGCGUUAUCGUCACACGAGGGAACAGGUGGCCACUGAUGGUCGAUCCCCAAGGACAAGCCACCAAAUGGAUAAAGAGCAUGGAGUCUACCAAUCAGCUUAAAGUGAUUGAUCUCCAGAUGUUGGACUACAUGCGCAUACUAGAACAAGCGGUGCAGUUUGGGAUGCCAGUUCUUCUGCAGAACGUCCAGGAGGAUCUAGACCCAUCUUUGUCCCCCAUCUUAAACAAGUCUGUCACCAAAGUAGGAGGGAAACUUCAGAUUCGUCUUGGUGAUAAGGAUGUCAUCUACAACCCUGAAUUCCGAUUCUACAUCACAACCAAACUUUCUAAUCCUCACUACACUCCGGAGAUCAGCUCCCAGACCACCAUCGUCAACUUUGCAGUGAAAGAGCAGGGGCUAGAAGCUCAGCUAUUGGGCAGCGUGGUGAGGAAGGAGCGGCCGGAACUCGAAGAGCAGAAACAAUCUUUGGUCUUGAACAUCGCAGCUGGGAAACGUAAACUUCAGGAGCUGGAAGAUGAGAUUCUAAGGCUCCUGAACGAAGCAACGGGGUCUCUUUUGGAUGACGUGCAGCUAGUGAACACUUUGCAGACAUCAAAAGUGACGGCCACAGAAGUGAGUGAGCAGCUGGAGAGCAGUGAAGAGACUGAAGAGAAGAUUGAUUUGGCUAGAGAGGCCUACCGCCCCUGUGCCCAACGAGCUUCACUCCUCUUCUUUGUCUUGAAUGAUCUUGGACGUAUUGACCCCAUGUAUCAAUUUUCCUUGGAUUCCUAUAUGGACCUCUUUCAUCUAAGUAUUGACAAGAGCAAGCGCAGUGCCAACCUGGAGGAGCGGAUCACCAACCUCAAUGAAUAUCACACAUAUGCGGUCUACAGAUACACCUGCCGCGCCCUUUUUGAGAGGCAUAAGCUUCUCUUCAGUUUCCAGAUGUGCGCCAAGAUCCUAGAAGUUGCUGGAAAGCUCAACAUGGACGAAUAUAACUUCUUUCUGCGUGGGGGAGUGGUCCUGGACCGAGAAGAGCAGAUGGAUAAUCCCUGCCCUGGGUGGCUUUCUGAUGCCAACUGGGAUAACAUAACAGAGCUAGACAAGCUGGCUAACUUUCAUGGCAUUAUGAACUCAUUUGAGCAAUAUCCACGAGACUGGAACCAGUGGUUUACCAGCACUGAACCUGAGAGCGCCUGUCUGCCAGGUGAAUGGGAGAAUGCUUGCAGCGAGGUGCAGAGGAUGCUAAUAGUCCGAUCACUGCGUCAAGACCGAGUGGCAUUCUGCGUUACGGCCUUCAUCAUCAACAAUCUGGGGUCAAAGUUCACCGAACCUCCUGUGCUGGAUAUGCGAGCAGUGGUUGAGGACUCUCUUCCCCGCUCUCCCCUGGUGUUUGUCCUCUCCCCAGGGGUGGAUCCCACUGGCGCCCUCCUCCAGCUGGCAGAGCAGUGUGGGAUGUCCCAGCGUUUCCAGGCGCUCUCUCUAGGACAGGGUCAGGCUCCUAUUGCCACUCGCAUGAUCAAGGAAGGCGUCAAGGAGGGGCACUGGGUGUUCUUAGCCAAUUGUCACCUGUCACUCUCAUGGAUGCCACAGCUGGAUAAGUUGGUGGAGCAGCUGCAGGUGGAGGACCCACACCCUGACUUCAGACUCUGGCUGAGCUCCAGCCCCCAUCCGGACUUCCCCAUCUCCAUACUUCAAGCCAGCAUUAAGAUGACCACUGAGCCUCCCAAGGGUCUGCGUGCCAAUAUGAAGCGCCUGUACCAGCUGAUUACCGAGCCUCAGUUUUCCCGCUGCAGCAAGACAUCCAGCUACCGCCGCCUGCUCUUCUCUCUCUGCUUUUUCCACAGUGUCCUCCUUGAGCGCAGAAAAUUUCUCCAGCUCGGCUGGAAUAUCGUGUAUGGCUUCAACGACUCCGACUUUGAGGUAUCGGAGAAUCUGCUCAGUUUAUAUCUAGAUGAAUAUGAGGAGACACCAUGGGAGGCCCUGAAGUAUCUGAUUGCCGGUGUCAAUUAUGGUGGCCACGUGACUGAUGAUUGGGAUCGACGCCUACUAGGAACCUACAUUAAUGAUUACUUCUGUGAACCUGCACUCACUACUGCAUUCUACAAGCUCUCCGUAUUGGACACUUAUUACAUCCCUCGAGAUGGGCCGCUAGCAUCCUACAAGGAGUUCAUUGGCUUGCUACCCACUGUGGAUCAUCCCGAGGCCUUCGGACAGCACCCCAAUGCAGAUAUUGCCAGUCAGAUUACUGAGGCACGGACGCUAUUUGACACACUGCUCUCUCUACAGCCCCAAGUCACUCAAAGUGUGUCAGGAGGACAAUCCCGAGAAGACAAGGUCUUGGAGUUAUUGAACGAUGUUCGGCAGAAAAUCCCUCAAGAAAUAGAUUACGAGGGAACAAGGAAAAUGCUUAGUGACGAUCCAAACCCCCUUAAUGUCGUCUUGUUACAAGAGAUACAGAGAUACAAUGCGUUGCUGAGCACAAUCAGAUCUUCUCUACUAGAUUUAGAGCUUGGUAUUCAAGGUUUAGUGGUGAUGUCCACUGAGCUGGAGGAGAUCUUCACAUGCAUAUAUGAUGCACGUGUACCCCCCCUGUGGGAGAAGGCUUAUCCAUCACUAAAACCACUGGCAGCCUGGACCCGGGAUCUGGCAUCACGUGUGGAGAUGUUUGCACGUUGGGCGGAGACGGCACAUCCACCGGUCCUAUAUUGGCUUUCAGCCUUCACAUUCCCAACUGGAUUCUUGACCGCUGUACUCCAGAGUGCCGCCCGACAAAAUAAUGUGUCAGUCGAUUCUCUGUCCUGGGAAUUCAUUGUCUCAACCGUAGAUGAUAAUAAUCUGGUGUAUCCUCCAAAGGAUGGGGUUUGGAUUCGUGGCUUAUACCUGGAGGGUGCUGGCUGGGAUAAGAAGAACUCCUGUCUAAUGGAAGCAGAACCAAUGCAGCUUGUGUGUCCUCUUCCAACUGUGCACUUUAGACCUACAGAGAGCAAGAAGAAGAGCAGCAAAGGACUGUAUUCUUGUCCCUGUUAUUUUUACCCAGUCCGGUCUGGGUCUACUGGUCGGGCCUCCUUUGUGAUCGGUGUGGAUCUUAAAACAGGUUCAUCACCUCCGGAGCACUGGAUCAAGAGAGGAACCGCUUUGCUCAUGAGUUUGGACAGUUAGAGAAGCAGAUCUUUAUACCUCUCGUCCCAUGUCUGUUCUGCAGAUGGAUUUGCUUCUUCGUCAUGGCAUGUAUAGUCCAUACUUGUAUUUAUUUCUGUAAAUGGCCUUUGCAGCACAUUAAAGUUCUUUAACUUUUCAGAGUAUGAUGUUGUUAUUCUCUGG